GGAAGUUUGACACCAACCAUAACGGAACAACACCAGAAGCUCAGAGACAAGCGGUCGUCGGUGAAAUACAAACAGACCACGGUUUUCAUUUAAUUUAUCUGCAGUUUUUGUUUAGUGUUUAGAAAUACAUUUAUCUACGGUGGUAUAAUUUAACCUGUUCGUAGAAUGGGUAGGAGCAGGAGUCGGACUCCUCCAAGACGAGAGAGAAGACGUUCCCGCUCAGGCUCAAGGGAGCGUGAGCGAAGGCGAAGGGAGAGAGAUCGCUCUCGUUCUCGAGAUCGGGACCGAGAGCGACGUAGAUCUCGCUCACGAUCUCCACAUAGGAGACGUUCAAGGUCUCCUCCUCGACGCCAUCGCUCCUCUUCUCUCUCUCCUUCAAGACAAAAGGACAGACGUGAUGAUGACCGCAAAGACGUUAAGGACAAGACGGCAAAGCCCAUACAGAUGUCAGCGGAGGACAUGGAGGGCAAAACAGAAGAGGAAAUUGAGAUGAUGAAACUGAUGGGAUUUGGCUCCUUUGAUACCACCAAGGGGAAGAAAACGGACGGAUCAGUAAAUGCAUAUGCUAUCAAUGUGAGCAUGAAGAGAAAAUACAGGCAGUACAUGAACAGAAAAGGUGGAUUCAACAGACCGCUGGACUUCAUUGCUUGAUCCCGUUGUACUUUCCUGAGAAGUUUGUCCGCUCUCCCUUAUACUUUUGGAUUUGCAUUGUGUUCCCCUGUUAUACCUGACUCAUUUUAUGCAAUGCAGCAUUUCUUUAUAUAUCUUUUUUUUUCUGAUUGAAGACAUAAAUGUACAUAGUAGUUCUUGCAGUAAGUCACAACAGAGUAAUGGUAGGAGACUGAGCUUUAUGUUAAGGUGCAUCAUGUUUUGUAUUUGAAAUAAAAGAGUUUUAAAAAUGA